CCUUUGGUGUGGGGCAGGAAGCUGUGGGGGCGCAACUGUGGGGUGUGAAGGUGUGAGGGAGAUGCAGACUACAGGGUCAUGUUCACUUGGAGAGGGAGUGUGAGUGUGAGCUUAGGGUCUCAGGGCCCUGGGAUUGGAGACUGACUGGUCGAGGCGGGUCCAUAAUUGUCUGUGUUUGAGGGCACAUUCGGGGAGACUCCACGGGAAUUUCCAGGCAAAAAGGAUGGCGCUUGGGGAGCCAAACCCAGAUUGGCCCCCGCAGAUUGCAUCUAUGCACCCCCUGCCUGUUAUUGCUGAGGACCGAACACAGUGAUUGGUGGGAUGGUGAGGAGACGGUGGCAUUAAUGACACCAGGACCUGGUCUUUAUUCUGAGGGUGGUGUGACCUUUGAGGACAUUGCCAUCUACUUCUCCUGGAAGGAAUGGAGACUUCUUGAUGAGGCUCAGAGACGGCUGUACUAUGACGUGAUGCUGGAGAACUUUACACUUAUAUCCUCCCUGGGUUGCUGCUGUGGAGCAGAAGAUGCGGAGGCACCCCUUGAACAGAGCGUUUCUGUAGGUGUGUCACAGGCCAGCACGCCCAAGGCAGCUCUGUCUUCCCGGAAGACCCACCCUUGUGACAUGUGCGGUCCGGUCUUGAGAGACGUUUUCCGCUUGGCUGAGCACCAGGGAAAAUCAAGCAGCCAGAAACUGUUGAGGUGUGGGGCAUGUGGAAAACGAUUUUACUUCAGCGUAAACUUUCAGCAGCAGCCGGACCAGCAUACGGGAGAGAAACCCUUCAGAAAUAGUGUGGACACCCUCUCUUUUAGGAAGGGAUAUGGAUUCCAUGAUUCAGGAAAGCCCUUUACCUGUACAGAGGUUCAGAAGGACUUCCUGCCUGGCGUGGUUCGUCUGCAGCAGUACGCCAUCCAUACUGGAGAGAAGCCAAAGAGAAUCAGCCAGUGCAGGGAAACUUUGCAGAGUAGUAAAGGUCAUUACACUUGGGGAAAAUGCAAGGAAGCCUUUGGUCCCGAGCAUACACCCAUUCAGGAUCAGAGUGUGCAGCCUGGAAGACCGUGUUUUGUGUGCAGUGAAUGUGGGAAAACAUUCAGGUACAAAUCUUUAUUGACUAUCCACCAGAGAUUCCAUACUGCAGAAGGACAUCGUGAGUUUGGCAAAGGUGAAAAAUCCAAUAGGAAAAGGUCUGUCCUUAGUCAAAAUGGAAAGGCUCACACUGGGUCCAGGCAGUACACGUGCAGCAAAUGUGGUAAAUCCGUAAGCCACAAAUCUGUGCUCAUUCAUCCCCAGAGAGGGCACAGUGGAGAAAAUGUUUAUGUUUGCAGUGGAUGUUCAAAAUCUUUUAGCCAUAGUUCAGUUUUAAUUACUCAGAAGGUUCAAUCUAGAGAAAGGCGUUAUAAGUGUGGUGACUGUACAAAAUGUUUUACCUCUAUCUCUGCUCUCAGAUAUCAUCAGAGAUCUCACACAGGGGAAAGACCUUAUCAGUGUAGGGAAUGUGGGAAGACUUAUAUCUCCAGUACUGGCCUCCGUUAUCAUCGCAGGGUUCACACUGGAGAAAGGCCUUAUGAGUGCAGUGAAUGUGGGAAAACUUUUACUGCUAGUUCUGUCCUCCAUUAUCAUAAGAGAAUUCACACUGUAGAAAGGCCUUAUAAGUGCCAUGAAUGUGGCAAAUCUUUUUUCUCUGCGUCUGACCUCCAUUAUCAUCACAGAGUUCACAGUGCAGAAAAGCCGUAUCAGUGCAAUGAAUGUGGCAAGUCCUUUCUCCGAAGAAACAGCCUCAAUGUACAUGUAAAGGUUCACUCAAGUGAAAGGCCUUAUAAGUGUAAUGAAUGUGGCAAAUCUUUGAAGUGGAAGGCAACAUUCAUUAAACACCAGAGAAUUCACACAGGAGAAAGACCUUACAGGUGCAGUGAAUGUGGCAAGUCUUUUACCGCUAGUUCUGCUCUCCAGUAUCAUCGGAGAGUUCACACGGGAGAAAGGCCUUAUGAGUGCAGUGAAUGUGGGAAAUCUUUUAUCACUAGUUCUGUCCUCCAUGAACACCGGAGAGUUCACACUGGUGAAAGGCCUUAUGAGUGCAGGAAAUGUGGGACAUCUUUCUCCUCAACUUCUUCCCUCCGUCAUCACCAGAGAGUUCACAUUACAGAGAGGCCUUAUGAGUGUGGUGAAUGUGGCAAAUCUUUCCUCUCUGGGUCUGACCUCCAGUAUCACCAGAGAGUUCACACUGGAGAAAAGCCUUAUAAAUGCAGUGAAUGUGACAAGUCCUUUCUCCGAAGAAAUAGCUUCACUGAACACAUAAAAGUCCAUUCAGGUGAAAGGCCUUAUAAAUGUAAUGAAUGUGGGAAAUCUUUGAACUAUAAGUCGACAUUCAUUCAACACCAGAGAAUUCACACAGGAGAAAAGCCUUAUCUAUGCAAUGAAUGUGGAAUGUCUUUUAGUCAUAGUCGUGCCCUACGGUUUCAUCGUCAUUGUCACCUUGGAAGAAGUCCUUAUGAGUGUAGUCAGUGUGGGAAAUCUUUUACUUCUAAUUCUUCCUUCAUGUCACACCAGAGAAUUCACACUGGAGAAAAGCCUUAUGAGUGCAGUGAAUGUGGGAAGGCUUUCACUGCUCGUUCUCUCCUCUAUUCUCACCGGAUUGUUCACACAGAAGAAAGGCCUUAUGAAUGCAGUGAAUGUGGCAAGUCCUUUCCCCGAAGAACUACCCUCAAUGUACACAUAAAGGUUCACUCAGCUGAACGGCCUUAUAAGUGUAAUGAAUGUGGGAAAUCGUUGAAGUAUAGAUCGACAUUCAUAAAACACCAGAGAAUUCACACAGGAGAAAGGCCUUAUGAGUGCAGUGAAUGUGGGAAGGCUUUUAUCAGUCAUCCAGCUCUUAUUUAUCACCGCAAGAGUGCACACAGGAGAAAGGCCUUAGGAGUGCUCUGAAUCUGGAAAAUCUUUCAGCUAAAUCUCCAGACUUACUCAACAUGAGAAACUACACAGUAGAAAAUGUCUUUAUUGGUGACAUGAUGACCUGAAUGCUCAUGUUCACUAAAAUUUCUAUGUUGAAUACCCAUUCUGAUGGAAUAGUAUUAACAGGUGAUAUCUUUGGGAGGUAUUUCAGUUGAGAAUGGUCAGGAGUGUGGAACACUCAUGAGUGGGGUUAAUAUCAUAAUAUCUCUAAAGCAAGUUUCCUUCCCCUAUCAGUCAUGUGCGGUCGCUUGAGAAGAUGAUCUAUAAAUCAGGAAGCUGGUGCACCAGUCACAGAACCAGGCCAUAUGCGGAAUGGUAGGUCAGAUAUACAGCCUCCACAACUGGGAAACUUCUUGUUUGUUUACAAGCCCCCUCCUUUGUGAUAUUUUGUUAGAGCAGCCUGAGUUGAGACAAAUGUGAAGAACAUGGGUAAUCUUUUGACCAAAGAUACAGUUUUGAAAUCCAAAUUCACCUUGGAGCAGGGCCUCAUGGGUGAGGUACAUGAUCAUUCCUUUAGUCCAGUGAUCUGUCUUCAUUCCACGCUCAGAGGUCACACUGCAGAAAGAAUUUAAAGUAGCAGAGAAGGUGAUGUUUCCUUGCUUCGUGUAAUCACAGUGGAGGAGAACCGUUUGCGAGGCAGACACCUACCUGAGUUGAACUUUGUUCACCUGAAUGUCCAGAGGGGAGUGACUUCCCAUAAAUUGAAGCUAUUUCAGAAAAAUACAGAAGCUGCGUUGUGCUUUUGCUGUGUUUGGAGUCAUUGCUCAAUUGAAAUCACUGCCAGUUUCUGUAGCAAAUGUCACUUCACCCCUGCCACUUGCCAGGUUCCCAUCAUGUGUAUCAGCCCCCACGCACCGUGCUCAAGCAUGCAGACCUCUGCGCUUUGUCAUUGGCGACGGACAUUGUGGGUAAUUGGAACUCCUUGUUCCCUUCUAAGUCAGGACGUGGAUGUGACCCAGUGUUGACCCUCCUACCUGAACUGAGUUUGGGGUGUUGUCUUGCAGAGAGGCUGAGUCUCUUAGGACGUUGUUGGUCUCCUGAUGUUUGUGAUCAAUGUGUGCAGCACCCAAGUCACCACAGGAAUUUGGUGCCACGUUUUGCUCUGGUUUAUGCAUUAAUAAAUGCCUUUUUUGUUUAGUUACCUUUAACCUUAUGUGUUGUAUUCACUCAAAGGGGUUGUUUGAGAGCAGAAUUGGCGUCUGCCAACAUGAAGAAGUGAACAGAUUUCAUUGCAUCCCAAACUUACUGUGUCUUGGAUAAUUGUAAAUAAAAAAAUAACUACGACCCA